AUGGACGCUGUUCUCCGGCAGUCCAAGGCCAUGUGCCCCUUCAUGAAGAAGGCAUCGCCCGCCACCCUGCGCGCCCUUUCCACCUCGACUCGCCCGGCCGCCAAGGCCACGUCUUCCCCAUGCGGAGGCAUCAUGUCCCGUCUGCAGGGGCUGGCCUACCGCUGCCCCGUCAUGGGCAAGGCCCUCGCCGUCCAGUCCGCGAAGGUCGGCGGCAUCAGCAGCACCAGCGGCAUCGCCGGCCUGUCCGCCCGCUCCGUCUCCACCAAGCACGCCCACGGAUCCGGCCAUGCCCACGCCCACGCCCACGGAUCCGGCCAUGCCCACGCCCACGCCCACGCUCAUGGCCCCCGGAUGUCCAAGCGCUGCCUGCACAGCAGCCGCUCCAACGAGGCCCGCGCUCUCGAGACCCCCGUCGUCCCCGGCCGCGAGAAGGCCCAUGCCCCUCAUGCUGCUCCCCGUCACCCCGCCGCCCCUGCCGUCUACCCCAUCAACGCCGACGCAAAGUUCAACUACGAGGCCUACUACAAUGCUGAGCUCGAGAAGAAGCACAAGGACAAGUCCUACCGCUACUUCAACAACAUCAACCGCCUGGCCAAGGAGUUCCCCCGCGCCCACAUGGCCAACAAGGAGGAGAAGGUCACCGUCUGGUGCGCCAAUGACUACCUGGGCAUGGGGCGCAACUCCAACGUCCUGCGCAAGAUGCACGAGGCCCUCGACGAGUACGGCGCCGGCGCCGGUGGAACCAGAAACAUCUCGGGUCACAACAAGCAUGCCGUGGAACUCGAGGGCUCCAUUGCCAAGCUGCACUCCAAGGAAGCCGCCCUCGUCUUCAGCUCCUGCUAUGUCGCCAACGAUGCCACCCUGGCUACCCUGGGGAGCAAGAUGCCCGACUGUGUGAUCCUCUCGGACAGCCUGAACCAUGCCUCGAUGAUCCAAGGAAUUCGCCACUCCGGCACUAAGAAGAUCGUGUUCAAGCACAACGAUGUUGGGGAUCUGGAGGCCAAGUUGGCUGCUCUGCCACUGCACGUCCCCAAAAUCAUCGCUUUCGAAUCCGUAUACAGCAUGUGUGGCUCAAUUGGUCCUAUUGAGAAGAUCUGCGAUCUCGCCGAGAAGUACGGUGCAAUCACCUUUCUGGAUGAAGUCCAUGCCGUCGGCAUGUACGGCCCACACGGAGCCGGCGUUGCCGAGCACCUCGACUUCGAGGCCCACAAGCAGGGCCGGCCCCAGGGCACCAUUCAGGACCGCGUCGAUAUCAUCACUGGCACCCUUGGUAAAGCCUACGGCUGCGUCGGCGGCUACAUCGCCGGCACCUCCAAGCUGGUCGAUAUGAUCCGGUCACUUGCUCCUGGCUUUAUCUUCACCACUUCCCUGCCCCCAGCAACCAUGGCCGGCGCCCAGGCCGCCAUCGAGUACCAGAUGGACUACAACGGCGACCGAAAACUACAGCAGCUGCACACCCGCGCCGUCAAGGCUGCCUUUGACGAGCGCGACAUCCCCGUAAUCCCGAACCCCAGUCACAUUGUCCCUAUCCUGGUCGGCAACGCCGAGGUUGCCAAGAAGGCUUCCGACAUGCUGCUGCAGAAGUACCAAAUCUACGUGCAGAGCAUCAACUACCCCACCGUGCCAGUCGGCCAGGAGCGGCUCCGCAUCACCCCCACGCCUGGCCAUACCAAGGAGCUGCGCGACCACCUCGUCAACGCGGUCGAUGCCAUCUGGACCGAGCUCGGCAUCAAGCGCACCAGCGAGUGGGCUGCCGAGGGCGGGUUCAUCGGCGUGGGUGAGGCCGACGCCGCUGCUGAGGCGCCGCUCUGGACCGACGCCCAGCUGGGCAUUGAGGAGAACGUCAAGGAGAUCAAGGCCCAGAACGGCGGCGAGCUGGCCAACGGCAGGGUCCUGGAGGCGCUGCUCGAGCGUGAGGCCGAUGCGGUCAGGACGGUGAGCCCGGUUGCCUAA